CACUUCCAGCAUUUUUUCUCCCUUCAAAACCCUAGACUAGAUUUGUUUCCUCCCCUUACCUAGCUCACUCAUGGCUGAAGAAGAGGUUGUUGCGCCGGCGGCGAGUCCUGUUCCUUCCGAUCACAAACGGAAGCUUGACUGUGAUCCUACCGAACAGCUGGCUGAGUCGAAAGAGGAGGCGGAUGCGGAAAAUGGCGUGGCAGUGUCCGAUUCGUUGGAGGCGAAGCGUCUGAGGCUCGAUGAUAACGAGCCCGAUGAGUUAGUAGCUGGUGAAAAUGGCUUCCAAGGGGAGAAGUUGGAAGAACCGAUUAAGGAGGAGGAGGAGAAGGAGGAGGCAGUCAUUCCUAAUGAAGCAAACGAGCAAGCAGAGAACGGUGAAAAUCCAUCUGAGGAAGCUGAAGAAACAGUGAAAACUGAGCAAAUUGAAGGAACAGGAGAGCAAUUGGAGCAGUCUUCUGCAGAUAAUCAUGAGAUGGGCGUUGAUGAGCAAGUUAAAGUCGAGAAUUUCGAAGCAGAUAUUGCGCAAGAUCCUCCUAUAGACGAAAAUACACAACCACUUGAUGAGGGUGCUCAGCUGGAGAUGGAUGAUGGUUCAACUAUUUCUCGCAAAAUUGAAGUUCCAAAUGCUAAGGUUGGGGUUCUUAUUGGCAAAGCUGGAGAGACCAUAAGGUCCCUGCAGUACAAUUCAGGUGCAAAAAUUCAAAUCAUGAGGGAUGCUGAUGCUGAUAGGGAUGCUCCAACAAGACCUGUGGAACUAGUGGGCACUUUGAGCAGUAUUGCCAAGGCUGAGAAGCUCAUAAAUGCUGUCAUAGCUGAGGCCGAUGCAGGAGGCUCCCCUUCCCUUGUAGCUAGAGGACUUGCUAUCACACAGGCAACUGGAGCUGUAGAUCUCAUUGAGAUACAAGUUCCAAAUGAGAAGGUUGGUUUGAUCAUUGGAAGAGGUGGGGAUACAAUUAAAGGACUUCAGACCAGAUCAGGUGCACGCAUCCAGUUGAUAAAUUCGGAAGGGGAACAGUCUACUGAGAAGAUUGUCCGAGUUACUGGUGAUAAGAAGCAGAUUGAGAUGGCUAAGGAAAUGAUAAAGGAGGUUAUGAAUCAGACCGUGAGGCCAUCAUCUCAUUCUGGUGGAGUCCAUCAUCAUAGCUAUCGACCCCGUGGACCUAUGGGUCCAUCUCAAUGGGGUCCACGCAGCCAUCCUGCCCAAUCAAUGCCAUACGAUUAUCAGCGUCGGGGACCAUAUCCUUCUCAAAAUGCUCAUUAUCAAGCUCCAAACUAUGGUGGUUAUCCUCAACAAAUGGCUCCAAGAGGUAACUUUGGUUCUAGUUGGGACCAAAGGCCUCACAGCAUGCAAGGACCAUCUCCACAGGGGGGUGGUUAUGAUUACUAUGGCAGACAAGGUGCUUCUGGCCCUCUGUCUAGUUCAAUUCCUGGCCAUGGUCCUGGGCCUUCACCUGCUUCUGCCAUGGGACCGCCUCCUCAGUCAAAUUACAAUUAUGGACAGCCUCAUGGUCCAGAUUAUGCCCAUCCACCUUACCCACACACUGCUCCUCAGCACAGCUAUGGUCAUGGAUAUGAAGAACAUAAAUAUGAUAAUCAUGCCACAGGGCAGCAUUUUUAUGGAGGGCAUGGUGCUUCUCAGCCAGGUUAUACACAGUCUGGUACUCAACCAGGGUUUGCCCCACAACAGCCCUAUGGUAAGCCACCAUCAUAUGGCAUGCCAUCACAAGGACACCAUCUGCAAACUUAUGGUCCUCCUACUAGUCAGCCAGGAGAUAUGGCCUAUCCAGGUCCUACUGCAUCCCAAUAUGGUUCAAAUGUGCCACCUCAACAGCAAUACCCAUAUGCAUCAGGUGGCUCUAUGCAACAAAGUUAUCCUCAAUAUGGCUCUGCCCCAACCAAUGAUGGAUAUGGUCAGGCUCCAACGGCAACCGCUCCUGUUUAUCCACAGCAAGGUAGCCAACCUGUUCCUGGUUAUGGUCAGCCUGCUGGGCAAACUGCACCCAGUUAUGCACAAGCAGGUGCUGGUGGGUAUGGACAAUACCCCUCUUCACAACAGGGUUAUGCUGAGCAGCCAGCUGCAGCGGGUUACGGUUAUCAAGGUCCCCAAGAUCCUAGUUAUGGUGGUGGUGCUGGGUCAACAUACAGUGCACCAAGUGGCCAACCAGGGUAUGCUCAACCAGCAACAAAUCAACCUGGCUACGAUCAGAAUGCCCCACAAUCAGGCAGUUAUGCAGCUACAGCUACAGCAGGUGGUGCACCAGUUCCAUAUGGGAAAACCGUGUCUCCACAGCCCGGAUAUCCUCAGUAUGAUUCAUCCCAGAUGUAUACUGCUCCUCGAUGAAAUUUUGGUGCAGUCAAUGUGUCUGACUAUUGACGUUGAGUAACGGAACCAGUAUGGUGGUACUAGGCUAGGGGAACUUAGUAUUUUCUACUCGCACUUUCUAGGGUCCUAUGUGUGCCUGUUUGUGAAAAUAGAUGUUUUUCUAGAAUUUCUGACUGACUGUUACGCCACUACCUUAAUGCUUCAUUUAAAUUGAAUGGUGUUGCUGCCGUUCCAUAUCUUCCAACAUCUUGCCACCCAUCGAUCUUCCCUGUUCAGCAUUGUUUCCUCUCUUGGGGUUUACCUUUUUUUUUGUCUGUUUUAGUAUAUAAAAAUUUUUUUAAUGU